AUGGUCUGUGAUUUAGUUAAUCUCCCUCAAGUAACACCGGAAAUUAUAAAGAUGAAAUUAUUCCCUCAUACACUUAGGGACAAAGCUAGUCAUUGGCUAUCCACAUUAGAUAGAGAAUUAACUAGCUGGAAAGAUAUAGAACAGGUCUUUCUUCGAAAAUUUUAUCCCUUAGGAAAAACUCAAAAUAUGAGAAAACAUAUAUGGAGUUUUUCUCAAAGACCAGGAGAAACUUUGCAUGAGACAUGGGAAAAAUUCAAAGAUUUACUUAGAAAGUGUCCUCAUCAUGUUAUACCCAAGUGGCAGCUCAAUAGAAUUUUUUAUGAUGGAUUAUUCGAACAACAUAGAAAUAUGGUUGAUUCUAUAUGUGGAGGAGCUUUUAUGGAGAAAACUCCUGAUGAGAUUUACAAUCUUUAUGAGAAUUUAAGUAAAAAUUCUAGAGAUCAAGCCUCUUUUGAAUUAUAUGACAGGGAUAAGAAGAGAGGAAUUUAUGAAUUGCAUCAUGAUGAUGAUUCUAAACUUAGAAAUGAGGUUAAUCAGAUUAAUCAAAGAUUAGAAAAAAUUGAUUUACUUAUUGACAAUAUUAGAAAGCCUUUUAACCCUCAACUUAAUUUGAAUAGUACAUGUCCUAUGUAUAGUGAAAAUGAUUAUUCUGAAUUUCAAUGUUAUAAUUUAGAUCAAUCAUUUCACCUUAUGCAAGAACAAGUGCAAGUAGCUCACGGUUUUAAUAGAAAUAGGGAACAUUUUUCAAAUUCUUAUAAUCCUAAUUGGAGGAAUAAUUUUUCAUGGAGAGACCCAAAUAAUAUUCAAAAUCUAGAAGCACUUAGACCCAAUUCAAACUCUGAAUUUCGUCCAAAAUAA